AACUAGAACCCUCAAUUCCAUUUGGAGGCAUCUUUGAGCUCGCCAAGUAGACACCAUGAGCAAACCUCAUCCUCCCAAGCUGAAAAAAUUUAUGGACAAGAAAUUAUCAUUGAAAUUAAAUGGUGGCAGACAUGUUCAAGGAAUAUUGCGGGGGUUCGAUCCAUUUAUGGAUCUUGUGAUAAAUGAAUGUGUGGCGAUGGCAACUAGUGGGCAACAGAACAAUAUUGGAAUGGUGGUAAUACGAGGAAAUAGUAUCAUCAUGUUAGAAGCCUUAGAACGAGUAUAAACAAUGGAUGUUCAUCAAAAGAAUCAACUGCUUCCACAUGUCCCCUCUCCAUAGUACCUGUUUUACUACAAAAGCCUGGGUGGCUCAGUUGGUUGAGCGACUGCCUUCGGCUCGGGUCAUGAUCCCAGCGUCCUGGGAUCGAGU